AUGAAGCUUCACUACAUCGGCAUCCUCCGCAACGACACCCAGCCCGCACACGAACUCGUCGCCGAGAAGGAGCUGAGCGCAUACUCGCGCUUCACACGCCAAAACUAUGGCGAAUUCAUGACGCUCUUCGCAAAGACCGUCGCCGAGCGCACCCGUCCCGCCCAACGACAAGAUGUCGAAGAACAAGACUACACCUUCCACGCCUACGGCCGCACCGAGGGCAUCUGCGGCAUCAUCAUCUCCGACCACCAGUACCCCGCCCUCGUCGCGCACCAGCUCCUCAGCAAGGUCGUCGACGAGUUCCUCGCCAAGCACCCGCGCUCCUCGUGGGCCACCGGCGAGCCCGUCCUGCCCUUCCCCGAGCUCAGGGACUACCUCGCCAAGUACCAGGACCCCCAGCAGGCCGACAGCAUCAUGAAGAUCCAGAAAGAGCUCGACGAGACCAAGAUUGUGCUGCACAAGACCAUUGAGAGCGUCCUGCAGAGGGGGGAGAAGAUUGACGAUUUGGUGGCCAAGAGCGAUGGGCUGAGUGCGCAGAGCAAGAUGUUUUAUCAGCAAGCCAAGAAGCAGAAUUCCUGCUGCGUGUUGAUGUAG